AUGAGUUCCCGAAAACCACUUCUGGAUGGCAGCAGCUUCGACUACAUCAUCUGUGGUGGAGGAACCGCAGGCUGCGUUCUCGCAGCAGAGCUCUCCACUAUUCCAGGUGCCUCGGUGCUGUUGGUAGAAGCUGGCAGAGACUCGGAAAUUGACUCUGAUGUUCUGGUUCCUGGUAAAUAUGUCAAACAGCUACAGGAGGAUAAAGAGGGACUAUGGGAGUUAGCGACAGUCUCCCAGAAAGAGUUGAAUGACCGGAAACUGGUCUUCCUGCGUGGAAGACAGCUUGGAGGAAGCUCAGCCGUGAAUUAUAUGGCGUUGGCGCGAGGCCCCAAAGACGACUAUGAUCAGUGGAGUCAAAUGACUGGCGAUGAGGGCUGGAAGUGGGAGAACAUACUACCAAUCAUGAAAAGUUUGGAAGACUUUGACUUUACAUUGCCUGAGGGUAUGGACAAGUUCGCCCAUCCACUUCCAGCAAACCAUGGUAAGUCUGGGCCUAUUAAGCUCGGAUUCGGAAAGGAAAUGGUUCCGGGUGUUGAGACAUACAUGCAAGCAUGCUUAGAAGUGGGAAUUCCCCUUUGCCUUGACAACAACGCCGGCAAUCCAGUCGGAGUUGGACUAGCCCAGUUCAAUGUUCGCGAUGGCGAGAGGUCUUAUGCAGCCAAUGCCUUUCUUCCCGGCUCAGCACGGGAGAGUGUCAAGAACUUAUUGAUCGUGACAAACACUGAGUGUGACUACGUUCACUCUAACAACGGGGUUGCCACCCGUGUGGAUCUAUACGAUCGUUCUACGGGAAGGACUGUUGCCGUACACUGUCAAAAGGAGGUCAUUCUAGCCGCUGGCACCUUUGGAUCUCCGAAGCUCCUGAUGCUAUCAGGGAUCGGCCAAAGAAAAGCACUGGAGCAGCAUGGAAUUUCCGUGAAAAUUGACUUGCCAGGAGUCGGCCAAAACAUGCUCGAUCAUUCUAUCAUCACCUGCGAAUAUAAAGUCGACAAUGGCCUCCCAGCGCACAACAAGGUCUUCCUUAACCCAAAAUCCCUUGCCGAAGCCGAAGCCGAAUAUAUUAAAAGCAGAACCGGCCCACUGGCCAUGUAUGGAUCCAGCGGAUCCGUGGCUUUUCCAAGGAUUCAGCGUCUAUUUGAAUCCAAGGAGUUCAGCGAUCUCGACCCUCAAACCAAGGAAUUUUUGUUGGAACCAACGAGACCGUCGGCCGAGAUUUGGCUCGGAUCCGGACCCUCCGUCUAUGAGGGCAAUGGCCGACCGGAAGAAAGCUACAUCACCCACGAAUUGCUUUUGCAAAACAAUUUGUCCAAGGGAGUGGUGAGCAUCCGAUCCCGAAACCCUCGGGAUCAUCCGAUCGUUGAUCCCAAAUUCUUGUCUCAUCCAUUUGAUCGCCGGAUUGCCAUCGAAACUGUUCGGAAAGCGCUGCAGAUUGCUCGUUCCAAGGCGUAUCAAGGAGUAAUUGAGGGAAUGGUUCAUGGCCCGGAUAUCGACUUUACCACCGUUGAUCUCAACACGAUCAGUGACGAGGUCAUGCUGGAGUUCAUUCGGAAGAACCUCGACCAAGGGUACCACAGCAUGUCAACCUGCCGCAUGGGUAAGGCAAACGACUCCACAGCGGUAGUUGACUCUUCCUUCCGAGUUCGUGGCAUGCAGAAUCUUCGGGUGGCGGAUCUAAGCGUUUGUCCCGUUUUAACUUGCAACCACACUCAAAUCAAUGCCUAUCUGAUUGGCCUUCGAUGUGCGCGCCAGAUAACCGACCAGCACGCGGAAUCUGUUCAACGUGCCAGGCUGUAG